UCAAAAUUCUACUAAUCUUCUCAUUCCUUCUACAACUUUUUCCAUAUUUCUUUAGCUCGAGCGUUUACAAUGAAUUCUAAAGCUUUUAUCAUUCUCGGCCUCCUUUUUGCUGUUGUCAUCCUCCUCUCCUCAGAGGAGGCUACAGCUACCGCGAGAGGUCUAAAGAGCGUUGAAGAAGCCGUGAUGGAGACUAACGGAGAUGGAAUCGAGGAUGACAAGCGUCGGUUCGGGGGAGGCCACCAUGGGCACAAGCAUCACCACAGGCACCACCACAGGCACUGUCGUCACGGUUGCUCUGCUGAUGAGGAUGUUAAUGAAGAUCCACAAGCCAAGCCUAACAAUUGAAAAUGGUGUUGGUUCAAAUCAAUGUUAUAGUGAUUGUGUAAGUUAUGAAUAAAUGCAUUAUUAUGCUUGAGUUGUUAAGGCUUGGUCGUGUCCAUGUAAGCUUGCCCAACUACAAGGGCAUUAGUUAAUCUCUACUAUUGAGAUUAAUUGUGUGUAUUUUAAGCUUUAUUGUAUAAGUUAAUUAAAUAAUCAUGUAAAAUGUUGUUCCUAAUAA